AUGGGAGAAACAUCUAAUAGAUUUCUAUUCCUUUUUGUUAAAAUUUUCACCUUAUCCCUGUUCAUAUGGACAUGGAAAUGCUCCUAUAAGCCUCUCCUUGAUUCCUCCAUCUUGAAAAAGCGCUCGGAAAAUGGAGGCGCACUGAGCGGUCGACGCAACAGAUUGCUCUCUAAAAACUUCAUUGCCAAACGAACGGACGAAGCAAAAAUUAAAAAGUUAAAAGAAAGAGUUAUAAAAAUAUUGAAAGAAGAUGAAAGUAGUCUUGGUAAAAUGCUAAAUAACCUAGUGCACGAUGCCAAUUUCCAAAAAGAAUUUAGCGCAUUAUUACGCGACAAGGGAUUCGAAAAACAGUUUAACGAAUUAGUUAGCGACACAAAUUCCGAAGGCAACCAAUCCCUUUCUUUACAUUCAUUGAGUACUUACGAUGGAGGUGAUAUAACUCCAAUUGAUUCCGCUGAUCACCCUGAGCCACCCAAUUCAGUGGCAGGUAGCCAAGUUCCAGAAACAAAUUUCUCAUUUGAAAGUUAUCACCGAAAUUUCAGGAGAAGGUUUUUCCCAUCAACACCUACUCCAGAGAUUACGCAAGUUACAGAAACUCCAGGUACUGCAAACAUUGCAGAAACUACAGGCACUGCAAACAUUGCAGAAACUACAGGCACUGGAGAAUUUACAGAAAGUCCAAACACUGCAGAAACUACGCUAGGGUUAUGUGAGGAAUCGAGCAAAACCGGAAGCGUUGAACAACUUAUACACGAAAUAAGGAAAUCCAAUAACCUGGAGAAGAUGAUUCAGAUAUUGAAGUUCUAUGAAAAUAUCGAAGAUCUUGUAAAGUUAGCUGAGAAGACAACAACUAGUGAACAAGUGCCUCCCAAUUCAGAGAUUGGCAUGCAAGAAAAACCCGCAUUGGAAUCCUUAACAGAGGUUGAAAUUGAUUCUCAUCUGCAAGCACAGUUGCAGGAACAGUUACAGGCAAAGUUGCAGGCCCAAAUGCAAACGCAAGUUAAUGGAAGAAAUCUAUCUAGAAAAAGGAAAUCCAAAAUAAAAUUCAUAUUCGGAGAUAUAUACAGAAUAGCCAAAAGUUUAGACAAGAAGUUCGAAAACCAUCUCCUGAAGGUGUUGACAACUAAUUAUUCCUUUCUCAUUAAAAAUGGAAAAAUAUCUAGGCUACGAUAUUACCUCGACGUUUUGUUAUCCGUUUCCCCACUCAUUUUUGGUGGUAUUAUUUUGUGCUUAUGUAUAGACAAUUUUUCACUCUUAUUAUUCAUUCCCUCCGUCGUAUUCGCUGCCAUUAUCCUUCUUUACUUCCUUUUCAAGUUGUGGAACUGCAAGUGUAUGAUCAGGGGAUCAGGCAGAUUUAAUUUCAACCAAAAGUACAAAGCCGUCAUCGAAGUUUUGAAGAAUUAG